AUGACGACCUUCGUCUGGCAGGAAGUUGCAGGGGGCUGCCGGUGGUCCGCUGCUUCAGCAUCAUACCUGUCACCUGUGUCUACAGUAGCGGCGCUGCAGAUGCAGCAGAUGGCAGCACUCAAUGGUAACGGCAUCAUCACCCCAUCACCCCCUCGUACAAACACUCCGCCCACUAUUGCAGCCACUCCCAUCUCAGCUCUGCCUCCACCAAUCGGAGUGAACGGCUAUAGUCCUAUACCGGCAAACACCAAUGGGCUGCCAGCUUCAGAAAUCUACACCAAUGGUGUUCAUCCAUAUCAAGCUGCCUAUCCGACCGCAUAUGGAUUGAUCAGCCAGCCGUACAUACAGCAACCCACCCCGGUUUCCCAGCAACAACUGCAGCAGCAGAGAGAAGGUCCUGAGGGGUGUAACAUCUUCAUUUACCAUUUGCCUCAGGAGUUCACUGACUCAGAAAUGCUCCAGAUGUUUCUGCCGUUCGGAAACGUCAUUUCUGCAAAAGUCUUUGUCGACCGAGCCACCAAUCAAAGCAAGUGCUUCGCUAAGAACGAGCACCGUGUGUGUUCAGGAAAAUACUAACUAGGGAGCAACUACCUAGAAACCUCCCACAAUUCCCAGCCAUCACAUAGCUAUACACUGGUGAUAUUGUAUUAUCAU